GAGAGCUCUGCAGCGCUCAGCACGCUGGGGAUGGCUGCUUUGCUCUGCUUGGGAGCGCUGCGUGAGCCUCACAUGGGCUGUGUGUCUGCUUCUGAGGAAGAAAAUGGAGAGGAAUCUGUCCCCCCAGCUGCCCCACUGUUGUGCUUUGAAGCUGCGUGUCUGCAUCAUAAUAGUUAAUAAUGCUGGUAGAGAUAUUACUCAGUAAAUACCGACAUCCUGGAGAGAGGCAGUGGCUGUUUGGGUUCUGCUCAGCUCCUCAGCACACUGAGCUGGUCCCCAGGGCAGCAGCAGCCCCAGGAGCACUGCAGCAGCAUGGUCCCGUGUGCCCCAGCCUGCCAGGGACCAGGCCUGGGGGAUUUGGAUGCUGUGCUCAGCCCUGAGAGGAGCUCCAAGCGCUGCCUCUGGGGCAUUGACAGCAAUGUCACCGUGUCCCCUGCCCCGUGCUGGAUGGCAGCCUUCCCAAGCAGAGUGAACAGCCUCUUGGUAUGUUUCCCAAUUUAGUCACGUCCUAUCAGCUGUAACUGAGCCAGAGUAAACAGGAAAAUCGAGUUGCUUGAUGUCAUUGCACUUCCUCGGAGUGCCAGGCCCGCCUCUGGCUCCCAUCCCUGCUGGGUCCCCCGGCACAGCAGGAACGUGAUGGCAGCACCAGCACGGGCUGAGGCACACGCCAUGCACGCCAGGUUUGGUGGGGUAGGACAGUUCGCAGGGCACGCCGCUGAGAACUUGCGUUCCUACCUCUGGCAAAACCUCUGAGCUCCUCGUGGCAGGGAGGAGGCCAGGGCAGCCCUGAGCCAUGUCCAACGACCCACCGCCACCGUACCCGGGAGGCCCCUCAGCACCGCCGAUAGAGGAGAAGCACGGCCCGCCCCCUGCAACAGAUGGCGUCUCCCCGGUCAUGGUGCAGCCUCAGGGGGCUCCCAUCCCUCCUCCUGAAUUUGGGCCCCCCCCAUAUGAGCCUCCACAGCCGGGGUUCAUGCCCCCACACAUGCCCACAGACAGCUCCGGGCCCUACGUGCCACCUGCAGGUUAUUACCCACCCCCAGGUCCCCACCCUCCCAUGGGCUACUACCCUGCCCCGGGCCACUACCCACCGCCUGGCGGCCACACGGCAACGGUGCUCGUCCCUUCAGGGACCGCCACCACAGUGACCGUGCUGCAGGGCGAGAUCUUCCAGGGCGCUCCGGUGCAGACCGUGUGUCCCCACUGCCAGCAAGCCAUCACCACCAAGAUCACCUACGAGAUUGGGCUCAUGAGCUUCCUGCUGGGCUUCUUCUGCUGCUUCGUGGGGUGCGAUCUCUGCUGCUGCCUCAUCCCCUGCCUGUUCGAUGACUUCAAGGAUGUGACACACACGUGUCCCAACUGCAAGGCCUAUAUCUACACGUACAAGCGCAUGUGCUAACAGCACCCCGGGAGCCUGAGCCACUGGAAUGACACCGGCCCCUCUCCCACUGCCGUCCUAAUCUAUGCGUGUGCAGCACUCCUUCGCUUACCCUUGGUGGUGUGUAUGUGCCUGUCCCCGACCUCCCUCCUGCUCCGGGCUGUGACCGCCUUCCCCGAGCUCCGCUCCUCGCUGUGUACGGUCAGAUUGGGGACGCUGGUGCGGGUGCAUAGGGGAUGAGGGGCUGAGCCCCAGAUGCUGCGUGCAGGGCUCCCUCUGGCAGCUGCCCUGCAGCACAUAGGAGCAGGGCUGUCGUUCUGCACCCCAUCGCUCCAGGGCAUCAGCGCAGCUCCUCUCACCUGGAGCAAACUGGGGACGAGCAGCAGCUGCUGGAGGUGCCCACCCCUCACUGCAGCCCACUGGACAUGGGGAGUGUGGAUACGCUGCCCCACUUGCUGUUCUGAGGGGAUGGGGGAAGCCUGAGCAGCUGGCAGAGCACACUGCAGAGGCAGCACGGCCGCUGCAGUCAGCUGCAGUCCUUUUAGGAAGGGGCCUGGUGGAGGCUUGGCCUUGAGGAGACAGAGCAGUCAGUGCCAGGUUCCACCUGGCUCAAGGCCCUCUCCAGCCAGGUCAGCAUGGAGCCUAUAGGCAACAUGUCCCAAGUGGAGGCACACGGAGCUGCCUUCAAGGCACGGCUGGGGAAGGGGCUGCAGCACAGCACCCUUAACCAGCCCAUCCAUCCCGCUAGGGAAGCCCCAGUGCCUGGUGGCCACAGCUGCUCCAGCUGCAUGCAUCUCCUCCCAGCCCUGCUGCAGACAUUUCAGGGAAGGAAAGCCCCUGGCUGUUCCUCACCCACCUGGUAAGCUAUUAGCAAAAAUGCAUCCAGCAUGUUGCUACCUGCCCCUGGCACUGUAGAAUAGGGGACUUUGUUACCUGACUGCAGCUGGCUCCCAGCUCUGGAGCAGAUCCCUACCCACCUGCUGCAGAGCUGCACCCCACCCCAAGCCCAGCAGGGUCUGUGGACACCGCAGCAGCACCCACCCUGUCACGGCAGGUGUGCCCUGUGUGGUUCCUUGUUGCAUGUGGGUGUGAGGGUUUAUUUUUAGCUCACUGCAAGUGGGGCAGAAGGAUGGGGGCAAGUAGUGACACGAGCUGCCAGCAGCACUGUGACAGAUGAGGGCAGGAGGACCUGAGAGCCAUUCUCAGUCUCUGUGGCCGUGCCUCACGCUGCUUCCCCUGCUCUCACCUCCUACAGUUGGGGCAGCUGAGGUGUGCAGCCCCCAGAGCUGAGCAGAGGGGCUUCUCAGGGAGCAUGUCUGCAAACAGCCUGGCCUGCACAGGCAGCUGCUGUUUGCUCAGAGGUGGAACUGUGACACUAGUCCCAGUGUUUGUAUGUAAAUAAACAUAAGACCCUGA